CUCACGUCGUUGCUACUUUGACAAUGACGCGAGCCGCCGAUCUGCCGACGUACGCGGUGCGCUUUGACGGGCCCAAGUUCGGCAUUCUGCCCGUCGACGGCGCUGCGUCGGGCCUCGAUGGCGCGCUUGUUAAAAGCGUCCGUGGCGCUGCGCUCGACAGCGGCGUCGUCGCCGGCGACCUCUUGUGCCGCGUCAACGACAUGGACGUCCUCUUCAAGCCCUUUGCGUUCGUCAACGACGUACUCCGUACUGCACACCGGCCCUGCACGAUCGAGUUCAUUCCUGGCAUCUACGGCGCCGACCUCUACCAACGCCUCGGCGUCGUCCCGUUGCCUCCGUCCACGCCUCGCAACGACCCACUCCUGCACCGUCUCGACGUCAUUUUGCGCCAUAACGACAACUACGACGAGCUCUUGCGCCGCAUGCAAGAGAUCUCCCGCCGCAUGACCGAGAUUGGGACGGCCAACGUGAGGCACCCGGACGCGCAAGUCCAGAGAGACCUUCGCGAAGAGUACUUUGUGCUCGAGCUAGACAUGGAGGCGUGCCACGAAGCCAUUCAGCACACGCCCGAGUACAUACUUGAGCAGACUCGAUUGCAAGAAGCGUGGGACGACGCCGAUGCUGACGACGCCUUGCGAGCCCUUUACGCGGUCCGGCGCAUGCUCCCCGUCAACAUCCAGUCGCUGUCGGAGGCGGCGCUGACUGGCAUGAUCACGCCGAACGGUCAGACGCUUUCCCGCGACGUCGCGCGCAAGUUCAAGCGGACCAACAUCUUGGAGCUUUUGCGCACGGACCCUGCCGUCGUUGCGAGGAGCCAUCCCUCGGUACUUGAAAAUCGUCGGACGACAGGCUUGACGCUAACUGAGCGACGAGCACUGCACGCGCAUUUGCGGGACGUCGGGCGGCAGUGGGCAAUGAACUAUGACAGCGAACUUGGCAAGCGCCGAUACGACUGGUUUCAACGCUUGCGAGGCGAGUAUGUCUCGAGCGUCAACGCGUUCACGGCCCACGUCGCGCAGUACGGACCGCCAGGCAGCCAUCCGUACGCAACGCUCGAGGCACCCGAUGUCGGAUGUCCAUUGCGCGGGAAGCAGUGUCCGCUGAUUGCGGAUGCGUCACCAGCCUACGCGAGCGACUAUGGCUACCCGGACGGGCCGGUGUACAUGGUGGUCGAGAUCACCGCGCGCGGCCAGAUCCAAGCAGAUGACUUUGUCUGGCCACCCGCGCGAGAGGUCGAGAUGCCGCCUGCGAGACAGGUCGAGAUGGCGAUUCCCACGAGCCGGAUUCGGCAGCUGGCGCUGCAUUGCAGCAUUUCCUAA